UGUGUUCUGUCUAUGUUACUCUCAAUUACUCGUGAAAUCGAUUGAUCCUGAUAUGGGUUUCUACUUUGGAAGAAAACAAAUAAUUGGGUAUUGAUUUCUAGUUGUAGCUGGGGAAGAAUCAUUGGCAAAGUGAAGGAUAAUAAUGGCACUGCCAUGGAGCAUGACUCUUUGGUUAGGGAAGAUGGUGGUGAUAGCUUUGAGAGGUUGGGUCUUUUCCUGUUUAACUGUCGCCGAUGAGAUUGCUGGUGCUCUCAGAAGCGGUGAUGUUGGUCCUUUCCAUGUUGGCUGAUCAACCUGUCUUUAUUUACAAUUCAGCAGGUCCUAUUUAUCUGCAGCAGCCUGUAGGAAAAAGGUGUGGAAUGGGGGACUUUGAAGCCAAACAUGUUCUAAAGCGUUCUAAGUUUUCAGCUCAACAAUGGGGCUUUCGUGAAUGUGCUGAGAAGAUUGAUUGGCCUUGCGAAUUGGAUAUGUUGAGUCAAAGGUGUUCCACAGAAGAAAUAGACUUUGGCUUCAGAUUUCACCCAUACUAUCUCAUGUUUGGCGUGUCUGGACUCACCAUAAAUCUUGCCACAUGAUAUUCAGAGAAGAAAAAAUUUCAUCAAUGAGAUUCAUAUCAUGAUGCAAAUUAGAUGUACAGUUUAUGCAAGCUCCAUUGAUUUUCU